CCACUACACCAGCGGCGCGGCUGACAGCUUUGCCGCCGCCCGGCCCCAUGACCCUGCGCUCCCGGCCCGGCCCCGUGGCGGGCAGCAGCUGACGGGGCGGUCCCGGCGGUGCAGCCAGCGCCAUGCCGGCCCUGCGCCUGCUCCUGCUCCUGGCCGCCCUCUGCCCGCCCGCCCCCGGCCGUCCGCCGCAGCGCGACCCCCCCAGGAACAUCGCCGUGGUGGGCGCCGGGGUGGGGGGCGCGGCCGCUGCCCACUUCCUCCGGCAGCGCUUCGGGCGCGGCGCGCGGCUGGCGGUGCUGGAGCGCGCGGCGCCGGGCGGGCGCGUGGCCACGGUGCGGCUGGAGGGCGCCGGGUACGAGGCGGGGGGCGCCGUCCUGCACCCCCUCAACCUGCACAUGAAGCGCUUCGUCAGCGACCUGGGGCUCUCGGCCGCCCCGGCGCAGGGGGGGCUGAUGGGCAUUUACGACGGGGAGGGGAUGGUGUUCGAGGAGAGCAGCUGGUACCCCCUGACCCUGCUGCGGCUGCUCUGGCGCUACGGGCUCGGCCCCCUGCGCGCCCACCUCUGGGUGGAGGGCAUCCUCGACAGCUUCAUGCGGAUCUACCGCUACCAGAUGCACGAGUUCGCCUUCAGCAGCACCGAGCACCUGCUGCGCGCCCUGGGCGGCAGCGCCUUCACCCGCCUGCUGAACCAGACCACGGAGGAAGCCCUGCGGAACGCCGGCUUCUCCCAGCGGUUCAUCAACGAGGUGGUGGGUCCGGUGAUGAGAGUCAACUACGGGCAAGGUGUCAACAUCAACGCUUUUGUAGGUGCCGUUUCUCUGGCGGGGGCAGAAUCAGGCCUUUGGUCGGUAAAAGGGGGGAACAACCUCGUCUGCUCCGGGCUCAUCUCCGCCUCCAAAGCCGAAGUUAUUCCCGGCACGGUUUUGUCUAUAGAGCCAAAAACCAGACUCGGACCCAGGGGGGACCCGGUGACGCUCUACCAGGUGACUUACAACACAACGUUGGGGCUCACGGGGGACACGUACGACAUCGUCGUCAUCGCCGCUCCGCUGGGCCGCCAAAUGGCCAACAUCACCUUCAAGAACUUUGACCCUCCUAUCCCGGAGUUCCCAAAUCCUUACCACCAGACCGUCGCCACGUUCGUGCACGGACGAUUAAACACCUCCUUCUUUGGCUACCAGGACCCAGACUCUUUUCAUUUGGGUGCCAUCUUCACCAUGGACAACCCCAAGCUCUUCAUCAACAGCCUGGGAGUGGUGUCUCCCGUGGGCAACGCGGGCAACGAGGAAAAGCUUCCCACCCAGCUGGCUGUCUGGAAGGUGUUCUCCAAGGAGGUCCUCACCAAAGAGCAGCUCAACUUGCUUUUCUCCUCCUACGACUCCAUCAAAGUGAAGAAAUGGUUGGCAUACCCCCGCUACAGCCCCCCCGAAAAAUGUCCACCCAUCAUCUUGCACGACAACCUCUACUACUUGAAUGGCAUCGAGCGGGCGGCCAGCGCCAUGGAGAUGAGCGCCAUCGCCGCCAAAAACGCCGCCCUGCUCGCUUAUCACCGCUGGUACGGGAACACCCACAAGAUCGACCAGGAGGAUUUGCACGACAAGUUGAAAACGGAGCUGUGAGCCCCGCGCAGCUGACGGCCAACUGCUCGCUGCGACCUCUGGAGAUACUCAUCGCCUACUCUUUAGCCACUACGACAGGUAACGGGCGAGGAACGCCUUGCUUGGCCCCCAAGAGGAGACCACCAGUCGACUCCAGACCGGAGCACACCAGCCGAGAGGCAGAUUUCCCAAGCCAGCUGGCUCUUCCUCAAGGGAACUCCUGGAUCUACCCCUCGGUGACAUCGAAGCAGCGGUUUGCAACACUGCAGUGACCCCAGCAGUGCCCUUGGUGGGAUGGAGCCCGCCACGCUCAGGAUCCGCAUCACUGUGAUGAACCCUCUUCCCCUCUCCGCGUGCGCUUUGGGCAGGGAAUAUCGACGUCUGGACUGUGAAUCUCUCCGCCUCGUUGAUUUUCUGAAGGGUGGCUCGAGUGCCUCGAUGUGGGAUGAGUGGGAAUAGGGGCUGCGUUCUUCAUUUGCUUCCCAAACAAGUGCUUACGGGUAGGGGGACGGGGAUGGGUGUGCUGGGAGCACGGGUAAGCGAGCGAGAGCACCAGUGUCCUUCGCUCUGUCGGGGUUUGGAAGCAUUAAUAAUUUCGAUGCCCUGACCCUCCAGCCGGGCACCACUGGGUUUGAGUAGGUAAAAUCCUUUUUCAUGACAAUAAUCCAUGUCCCUCGACUGCAUCUAAUAACGCUGCAAUACCUCAACCCUGUCGAAAUGUUGCCAUUAACGAAUAAAAUUAACGCACUGUUUGGCAA